AUGCGGCGCCUUCUUACCGGCGAGGCGACGGGCUCCGUGGCGUUCAGGUUCGCACCAACGCAGGUGGCGGAAGUGGGCGGCGCCGGCAACGAUGGGUGGGUGGUGGCAGAGGGGUGGGGCAGCGAACAUGACUACUGGGUGCACGCAUGGUGCCUCCGUGCCGGAGUCAUAACAAGUUUCCGGGAGUACUUCAACACGUCGGUGACUGUGAGGGAGCUAGGCCGGCCUGCCAAGGAGGACGUGGUCUGGGCCGUCUGGGAGAGCCAAUCGCCGAGGCCUAGGGGCCGCUCCAUGCUAGGCCUGGUGCUCGCCAUUUGA